UUGGCCACGAGGUUGUGGAACGACAACAAAUGAUGUUGGAGAGGUUUGGCUUCAAGAGAUCUUGUCCAGCUGUACUGGCUCCCUCCACAUCAAGACACAAAACUGCUACCAAGAAUAAGAGCACUAAUGCAGUACUGAUGAACAGAACCAAAGAAGAGCGGGAGAGACUUAUAACAGAAAAAGUUGCAAUCAUUCUCAUUGGAGAGGAGGGUACACCACCAUCUGCCACAGCAGACAUCCCACAGAACAAUCAGCCUGCAGAAGGCAUUGUUGAAACAAAUAAAAAUUUGCAGAAGUAUGAGGAUAAGUCACACUCACUAUGGAACAUGGGCUCAGUUUCAUUAUCAGAAAAGGGAUUUCUGUCUCACUAUGUGAAGGAGCUGAGUAAAAUCAUAUCCCCUAGUAAAGUACCAGCUGGUGCCAAACUGAAACACCUGUCUCAAAUACCAGGAAGGAGUAAAACUCCGGAAAAAACAUCACACAUAUUGUUGACUGAGGGAGACACUUGUUCACUUGUGUCAAGAGGAACGCUUGUCCAGACAAAGACAGAUGACAGGAAAGAGACAGAGGCGGCUGAAGAGAUAAGACCGAAGGCUAGACAGAGUUCUGUAGACCGACUGACAGAUGAAAGCCCCGGGAAAAACAGUUUCACAGAAAUGCUUAUCAGUGAUUGGAAAUCACUUUUAAACAAGAAAGCCAUGAGUGAUCUAACAAUUUACGUAGAAAGAGACGAAGAGAUUCCAGGCCACAGACUGGUGUUCUAUGUCCGUUGUCGAGCUAUUUUGAAGGACAUUGUGUCUGAGGUGUCUGCUGAUGCCACUAAGAAAACGUCAGAUAUGUUGCUGUGGGUCGAUGUAUCUUACACAGCAGCAUUGGCAUUCCUUGAGUUCCUGUACUGUGGCCUUGCAAGCGAGAUACUCCGGCUUGAUGAAGAUGACUUGUCGAAUGUGAAGAGGUUGGCUCAGAGGUACCGAUUCACAGAACUUUUACAGUAUCUACAAGUUGUAAAUAAUGUAAGAAGCAGAGUUAAUGAAAGCACAUACUUUUCUGCCAGCUCAUUGCCACAGGUAUUGACACCGCACCACAGUGUGUCUCGCAGGAGAAAACAGAAUUCUCUGCAUCCAUCCAACCAAUGUACUGGGUUCCUAGCUAUCUCCUCACCCAAAAAACAAAUGUAUUCAGAGGAUACAUUUAGCAGCCACAAACUUUCAACAGAAUUAACUGAAAAAAGUGUAUGUUCAGUGUCUUCUAAAACGAGAGAUAUAAGUAAUGAGUUCCAUGAUUCUGCAGAAUCAAAAUUAUGUAGCAAUGCCAGAUUGUCUCCAGACUUGUUUCGGGACGACGAGGGAGAGUGUGUUGAGACAUCACAAGAAAAUAGGAGUAGCAUGGAUUAUCUUUUAAGUAUGAUUGGUAAAUCAUCAUUGUCACAGAGUCACAGCCAAACCAACUUCACAGAAAUAUCAUCAGACAAGCCGACAUGUCCAAAUACGAGCAGUGUUGAUCCUUCUACAUCUCAUCUAAAGAAUGAUAGUUUAUGUGUUACUGCCAUCAGUGAUGAAGUGUCCACACAAAACGACACGCGCAUUAGCUAUUCAUCACAGUCACAUGAUAAGAAAAGUACAUCCCCUGAUAAAGAUCUCAUUUGCAUAGAGCAUCAUGAUGAUAUUCAGGAUAAAUGUGAUUUCCUUACAGCCACAUUAGUGCCAAGAAGUCACGCGACUCCAGAAAGUGUAAGCACCAUUUCUCCAGUAAAAACUGGAGCACAAAGAAAUUUGUCAGGUAUAAAUUAUGAGAAUCAUCGACAAUCAUCACAGCCCAAAGAAGUGCAUAAUGAGUGCAUUCGAUUUGAAAAUCCUCAGGAAGAUACUGCAGAUGUUGAAUCAGCCUCUGAUGGCAUUGAUUUCCUCGAGCAUUUAUUAUUAGAUUCUCACAGCAAUUAUAUGCAGGGAGACAUAAAAGGGAGAGUGGAGUCAAAGAGAAAGCAUAAAGAAAGUGAUACUGUAAGUGACCAUUGUAGUUCUCUUACAAAGAAAUUAUGCAGUGAUGGUUCUGAGCAUGAAAAUGUUGAAACAUUCUUUGAUACAACAGAACUCCAGGAACAAUCUGAUAAAUUUAGAACACUUGAAGAUAAUGUUACUGAAAUAAUUGACUUGACCCAGGAUAGCAUAGAUUCAGAAUCCCCGUUAACACCACCAAUUAGAGCAAGCAUAGUGAGCACAGACAUGGAAACUGAACAUAAUUCCCCAAGUGUCACAAAAGAAUACUCAAAAAUCACAGUUUGGAAUGAUUUAUUCAAGAAAUCAGAUGACAGCAGCACAAGAGAUCAGACAACAAAGUCUGUGCAUCUUGACAGUGACAGUAAAUCUGGUGUUGAGGAAAACACCACAUCAGUAGAAGAACUUGAUAAUUGGGACAGAUUUGAUGAAAUGUGUAAUGCUCCAUUGCCACAGAUAUUCUCUCAAUGUCUGACGCAGAUGAUUUCAACCCAACCCACUUCCAAAAAAUCUCUGAAAUCAAGUACGUCAUCAAAUAAAUGUAGGAUAUCACAAAACAGCGGCUCCAGAAGCCUAAGAUUAUCACCUUCUCUUCCAAAAUAUUCAGUUCAAGAAACUCCAAAUUAUUCAUCUUCAUGUAGCAGUUCUCCAGUUAGAAAACCUGAGAAUGUUUCAGAGAAAAUAAACGAAGUACCAUCUCGCGAACAGGAAAGUCUGAAAGGGAAGGAUGUGUUAGACAAUUUAAACAAAUCUGUAUUUUGGAGAGAUGAGAAUGAACCAACGCUGAGAAUCGCUCCGAAACAGACGGCACACUCAGACCACAGUAACAUUGCAGAACACAGAACACCAACCCGGAAACAAAUGCACGUUAAGUUUUCAGACAGAGUAACACCUUCUGCAGACUACAGUGCAAUGAAGACACCACAACUGAAGAAAGAACUUAAAAAAUACGGCCUAAAACCUUCGCUGUCAAAGAGACACGCUAAAAUAAUGCUGAGGUACAUAUAUGACCAGUUGCACCCAUACGUCUCUGUCAGCGACUCUGAAGUUGACGUACAAGAGUCAGAAGUGGAAUUAUCGCCUUUCAAAAAACCAGGCUCGGACACGCAGGUUCCAAGGAGUCCAGUCUGGAAAGAUAAUAAUUUAGGGACGUCAGGAAGUUCAGCAAGGAAAAACAUUAUGAGAACAGAAGUUGUAUCUCACGAAGGCUGUCCUGUUACACAAAGAAGAAAUUAUGCAUCUCAGAGUGACACGGGUUCUGAUUCUGAUGACUUGUUACUGUCACAGGAAAGCUCAUCAAGUAGUGCACAAAGUGUUGCAGAAGAGGCAUUUUGUGAGGAACUUGACGAUUUGAGCCAAGGAAAUGUUUCAUCAUCACAGGAUGCGUGUUCAUCAGCUGAUUUAGCAACAGUGGUCCACAAUUUUAUCACUAGUGAUCCAGAUCUCCACCAGAAGGUGCUGCUGUAUGAACCAAUUUGGAUAGAAAAGUUGCACGCUGACUUGAAAGCAAACAAUUUUAAAUUCAAGACGAAUCAACUAAUGGAGUAUCUUGAUGAACAAUGCAUCACAUUCCGCACUGCUCAAGGACAACGCAACAGGCAAAGGAAAAAUCUGAUGAAAGGCGCUAAAAGACGAAAGCUUACGAAGCGGAAAAAAGACUCCAGUGAUGUGUAGGACGUAAGAUCUUCGUCUUCAUAUGCUAUAACUGCAUUUUGUUGAAGCAAUCAAUGUGUGGGAGGACUACUUUAAACAGUUAUUAACCCUUUAUCAUGCCUAACACGGUCAAAUUAAAUCUUAACAUGGUAACCGUAAUUUAUCUGAAUUACACGUCUGAGUGGGUGAAGGUUUAUAAAUUUAGUCUGACUGAAAUACAUAAUGAUCGUGCGUUAGUACCCGAUUGCAGUUUUGAUAAAUCUGAAAUUGAUAUUAAAAAAGUUUAAAAUAUACAUAUAUGUCAUAAAAUACUGAUCAGAUUCUUAUUGAGUGUAUCAGAACAGAAGGGAAAUUAUUAUAUUUUGAGACCCAUAAAGUUAAGCAUAUUAUUUGCAAUAAUAAAGAACUGCCAUGAUGGUGGAAAGCAAGUUCAUGAAAAUCACUGUAAUAAUUACUAAAUUUUAUUCAUUCUGACUUCAUAUGAAGUUUUAUACAAUAUAUUUCUAAUAAAAUUACCAGAGUGUAGAUUAAAUCACUGGGGAUCUGUAGCGCAACUCAAACAUAAAUCAACUACUGAUCACAUCUUGCAUGUUAGUCAUAUAUUAGAGAAACAAGUUUGGAAACAUAUGCAUAGCACAAUAAUUCUGGUACAUUUACUUUGUCAUAGCGUAAAUCAUGUUUUAUAUUUGUCUACAAGUUUAAUUAAAAAUGUUUUAUGCUUG